AGGCCAUGGCCCCGCGGCUGCAGCUGGAGAAGGCGGCCUGGCGCUGGGCGGAGACGGUGCGGCCGGAGGAGGUGUCGCAGGAGCACAUCGAGACCGCCUACCGCAUCUGGCUGGAGCCCUGCAGCCGCGGCGUGUGCAGACGAAACUGCAAAGGAAAUCCGAAUUGCUUGGUCGGGAUUGGUGAGCAUAUUUGGUUGGGAGAAAUAGAUGAAAAUAGUUUUCAUAACAUCGAUGAUCCCAACUGUGAGAGAAGAAAGAAGAACUCCUUUGUGGGCCUGACUAACCUUGGAGCCACUUGUUACGUCAAUACAUUUCUUCAAGUGUGGUUUCUCAACUUGGAGCUGCGGCAGGCUCUGUACUUAUGUCCAAGCACCUGUGGUGACUACAUGAUGGGAGAUGGCAUCCGGGAAGAUAAAGAUUAUGAGCCUCAGACCAUUUGUGAGCAUCUUCAAUAUUUGUUUGCCUUGUUACAAAACAGUAAUAGGCGAUACAUUGACCCAUCGGGAUUUGUUAAGGCCUUAGGCUUGGACACAGGGCAACAGCAGGAUGCCCAAGAAUUUUCAAAGCUCUUCAUGUCACUAUUGGAAGAUACUUUGUCUAAGCAAAAGAACCCAGACGUGCAGAAUAUUGUCCAACAACAGUUCUGUGGGGAAUAUGCUUAUGUAACUGUUUGCAACCAAUGUGGCAGAGAGUCUAAACUUUCAUCUAAAUUUUAUGAACUGGAGUUAAAUAUUCAAGGCCACAAACAGCUAACAGAUUGCAUAUCAGAAUUUUUAAAGGAAGAAAAAUUGGAAGGUGACAAUCGAUACUUUUGUGAAAACUGUCAAAGCAAACAGAAUGCAACAAGGAAGAUCCGACUUCUUAGCCUGCCUUGUACUCUGAACUUGCAGCUAAUGCGUUUUGUCUUUGAUCGGCAAACGGGACAUAAGAAAAAGUUGAACACAUACAUUGGUUUUUCAGAAAUUUUGGAUAUGGAGCCUUAUGUGGAACAUAAAGGUGGGGCCUAUGUGUAUGAACUCAGUGCAGUCCUCAUACACAGAGGAGUGAGUGCAUAUUCUGGUCACUACAUCGCCCAUGUAAAAGAUCCCCAGUCUGGCGAAUGGUACAAGUUUAACGAUGAGGAUAUAGAAAAGAUGGAGGGGAAGAAAUUGCAACUGGGGAUUGAGGAAGAUCUAGCAGAACCUUCUAAAUCCCAAACUCGAAAACCCAAGUGUGGCAAAGGAUCUCAUUGUUCUCGAAAUGCUUACAUGUUGGUUUAUAGACUACAGAAUCAAGAAAAACUCAAUACAACUGUUCAGGUACCAGCUUUUCUUCAAGAACUGGUGGAUCGAGAUAAUUCUAAAUUUGAAGAGUGGUGUAUUGAAAUGGCUGAGAUGCGGAAGCAAAGCGUGGAUAAAGGAAAAGCAAAGCAUGAAGAAGUUAAGGAGCUGUACCAAAGGUUACCUGCUGGAGCUGAGCCUUAUGAAUUUGUUUCCCUGGAGUGGCUUCAGAAAUGGUUAGAUGAGUCUACACCUACCAAACCGAUUGAUAAUCAUGCAUGCCUGUGUUCCCAUGACAAGCUCCACCCUGAUAAAAUACCAAUUAUGAAGAGAAUAUCUGAAUAUGCAGCUGACAUUUUCUACAGUAGAUAUGGAGGAGGACCAAGACUAACUGUGAAAGCCCUGUGUAAGGAAUGUGUGGUAGAGCGCUGUCGCGUGUUGCGCUUGAAGAACCAACUAAAUGAAGAUUAUAAAGCGGUCAAUAAUCUGUUAAAAACAACAGUAAAGGGCAAUGAAGGAUUUUGGGUGGGGAAAUCGUCCUUAAGGAGUUGGCGCCAACUAGCUCUUGAGCAGCUAGACGAACAAGACAGUGAAGCCGACCAAAGCAAUGGGAAAAUGAAUGGCAAUACCUUAAGUAAAGAUGAAUCAAAAGAGGAAAGAAAAGAAGAGGAGGAAGAAUUAAAUUUUAAUGAAGAUAUUCUCUGUCCACAUGGAGAGUUAAGCAUAUUUGAAAAUGAAAGACGACUUGUUUCUCAGGAAGCAUGGAGCAAGCUGCAGCAGUACUUUCCGAAGGCUCCUGAAUUUCCAAGUCAUAAGGAAUGCUGUUCACAGUGCAAGAUUUUAGAAAGAGAAGGGGAAGAAAAUGAAGCUUUAAAUAAAAUGAUUGCAAAUGAGCAAAAGACUUCUCUUCCUAAUUUAUUCCAGGACAAAAACAGACCAUGCCUCAGCAAUUGGCCAGAGGAUACUGAUGUCCUGUACAUAGUGUCACAGUUCUUUGUUGAAGAAUGGAGGAAAUUUGUUAGAAAACCCACGCGGUGCAGCCCUGUGUCAGCAGUUGGGAACAGCGCUCUCCUGUGUCCCCAUGGGGGCCUCAUGUUUACAUUCAUGUCUAUGACCAAAGAAGAUUCUAAACUUAUAGCUCUCAUAUGGCCCACUGAGUGGCAAACGAUACAAAAGCUCUUUGUUGUGGAUCACAUAAUUAAAAUCACCAGGACUAAAAUUGGAGAUGCAAACUCUUCAGAAACACAGUAUAUUUCUGAGCCUAACCUCUGUCCAGAAUGCAGAGAAGGCUUAUUGUGUCAACAACAGAGGGACCUCCGGGAAUACACUCAAGCUACCAUCUAUGUCCAUAAAGUUGUGGAUAAUAAAAAGGUCAUGAAAGAUUCUGCUCCAGAGUUGAACGUGAGCAGCUCUGAAACGGAGGAGGAUAAAGAAGAAGCAAAACCUGAUGGAGAAAAGGAUCCAGAUUUUAAUCAAAGCAAUGGAGGAACAAAGCGGCAAAAAAUAUCCCAUCAAAAUUACAUAGCCUAUCAAAAGCAAGUUAUUCGACGAAGUAUGCGACAUAGAAAAGUUCGCGGUGAGAAAGCUCUUCUUGUUUCUGCUAAUCAAACCUUAAAAGAACUGAAAAUUCAGAUCAUGCAUGCAUUCUCAGUUGCUCCUUUUGAUCAGAACCUAUCAAUUGAUGGAAAGAUUUUAAAUGAUGAUUGUGCCACCCUUGGCACUCUUGGCGUCAUUCCUGAGUCUGUCAUUUUGUUAAAGGCUGAUGAGCCAAUUGCAGAUUAUGCUGCAAUGGACGAUGUCAUGCAAGUGUGUAUGCCAGAAGAAGGAUUUAAAGGUACUGGCCUACUUGGACAUUAAUCUUUUGAACAUUUGCUGGCUGCUAAGAAAUGACCACAAGGGAAGAGGAAUUUAACGUGUUUUAGGGCAUUAAAGAAAAGGUGGAUUUAAGAAGUAAACCAUUUUGUGACUCUUCCAAAACACAGGAAAAAAGAGAAAAAAAAUUAAAAAGCGACUGUCCCAAAUGCCUUAUGUCAAAUAAAGCAGAUUGCACUGAAGGACAUCAGACUUGAAGGAAAUGUUUCAAAUUUUAUAUUUAAAGGUAGGGGAGGAUGGUGGCUGGGAGGAACCCUGAAAGACUGAACAAGUUUAGUAGCAUGUAAAUCAUGUUUACAUGAAAUUUAUAGUCAUGAGGAGGAAUAAAGUUCUGUUCAAUUUU